AUGAUGAUGAUGAUGAUGAUGAUGGUGGUGUCGAUAUCAUUGGAGAUUCGCAGCGAUCGAGGAACUCAUCAAUCCCGACGAAAUUGCGGAGACUCGGAACGUGACGGAAGAAGAAGUCACAGAAGAGGAGGGAGACAAUUAUGUCGAAGUUUCCUACUCACCGGUUUUACCGCUGUCGCCGGAAUAUUAGCGAGGGUUCUCGAACGAAAAAAAUAUCCCGAUUCACGAUCAUAUGAAGCAGCUAAAGUACAAAUUGGAGGUGGUGAUGCUGUCCAAUCCUCUAACGCUCUUUCUUCGCCUUCACAAAACGCAAGGCAAGAUCAACGACUGACGUCAUCCCCGCGGUCCCGUCAGUCGACAUCGUCACCAACGCCGACACCAUCGCCGACGCGGUCGCCGACACCGCCGCCGACACUACCGUCGCCGGCUGCAACGUCACCUCGGCAAGCUCAAUAUCGACAGCAGGAGCAGGAGCAUCAGCAACAGGAGCAACGAUGUCGGCAGCACGAGGUCGGCAAUAAUUUUAAUUAUAUAGAUUUACGGGCGGAAAACUCGCAGCGCUUUAGGAAUUUUGCGAUUCUAGGGAGGGAGGCGACUUUCGCGAUACGUCCGCCGCCUGAGGGUAGUCGUAUCGCUCAAUGGUUAGAAAACGCGUUUCGUGAAAUCCGAACGUACGCGCUACAUUCGUGCGAACCGAGCGAUUUCGUCGGGUUAUCGUUCGAGUCGGCUGAUUUAGCGCGUGGUCCGGCGGGAUUGUCGUUUCGUCCAUCUCGCGACCUAACCCACGAGGACAUAUGGGGACUCGUAAGUUCACUGGCGCAAAGUGCUGGAGGAAUCGAUAUCGCGGAAAAUUUUACCUUACGAGUCUUCAGAGUUUCGCUACCUACCGGUCGUGGAUCCAAUCGAUUAACGCGCGAAGACGUAGCCAAACACUCAAUUUUGCAAAUUAUCAAUUCCGACAAUUUAUGUUUCCCCCAUUCGCUUGUAGCACGUGUGCAUUACGAACGCGGGCAGUUGCGCGUAGGGAACUACAUGAAAGGUGGGAAUCCCCUCUUCGUCGUAAAGUCACAGUCGAAGACCCCCGGAGAGAGGACGAGUGCUGAGACAUUGCGAGAAGAGAAGCGAGUAAAUGACGAGAAUGACGUCGAAAGUGUGAAUGAUGCGCGAAAUAAAAAAGAUCGCGUCGCGUUCGUGUUCUACGACUUCGAAAUUCGACAAGAUGAAACGCUCGAAGGAGCGGAGAAUGUAAAGAUACACAUACCGACUCUUUGCAUCGCGCAACAAAUUUGUGAAACCUGCGCGGAAAUACAAGAAAUGUCGACGUGA